GCUCCAAUUAACGCUGCGUUUGUGUGUGUAUCUGCGUCAUUACCUCGUUUAUGAAACCCUGAAGUUUCAGAACAAACAGUUCAGCCACUGCUGAGAAAAUAGUGUUGUAUUGUUGUCCUGGGCUCUGCCAAGCGGAUCUGCACUUCCCGAAGCUGAUGAUGUCAUCAGAAAUCCUCAACACUCCUCUCACCACCGUAGCUCCUCCUGGUGCGGGCACUACUCCGGGCACAUCCGGUUGCGUAAAUUCAACCGCAGAAGAAGAACUAGUCUCGUUGUAGCUGCUGAGCAUAUCGGUUGAGAACAUGUCUUCGAAAAAAAGAUCAGUUUGCUCUGUUCUGGGUUGUAGUAAACAAGGACAGACGCUCCACAAGCUCCCCACCAAUGAGCAAACAAAAGCUCAGUGGAUAUUGUUCAUUUUUGAUGGGAAUGUGCCUGCUACAUUUCCCAAAAUUCUCCAUGUAUGUGGCAACCACUUCACGGAGGAUUGUUACACAAACUUCGCGCAAUACAAAGCAGGGCACAGCACCACACUUCGCCUCAAAGAAGGAGCAGUACCUACAAUACAUGCUGGAUUACCUGCAGCACAAGAUCGUUUUAUCCACACGGGCACACAAACAGAAGCUCCAAGUGUGAGAACAUGUGCCACUCAACUGUCAAUUGGGACCUUGAAAGCACACGUGCACAGCCAAAGGACCCAGACACCAGUGUUGUCACAUGAGACUGCUGGCACACAAACCACACUGCCGGAGUACAGUUCUCAUUAUGACACCUUCCGGAAACAUGCAAGGAAAUACCUGGAACCUGCAAUCGUCCACAAGUGGAAGAGUGACCAGCAGGUCCUUUUCUCCACAUUGAAACCGGGGGGGGAAAGUUCAAGUUGCAGGAGACAUGCGUGCAGAUUCUCCAGGGCACUCUGCAAAAUUUGGGAGCUAUUCCUUGAUGCACAUGGACAGCAACAAAAUUUUGGACCUCCAGCUAGUUCAGAGCAAUGAAGUGGGUGGUAGCUACCACAUGGAAAAGGAGGGACUACGACGAAGUCUGUACUACAGUGCAACGUCCUCAACAUCGGGCCCAGAGAAGGUUGUACCUUGCAUCCAUGCAUCACAACGAAAAUUCCAGCCGUGAGCAGGCAACAACAACUUUAGGCCAAGCUGUCUACAGAGUGUCGUAUUCGAAGGCCAAGAAGGGAGAACCCACCGCAAAGCCGGUCAAAACAGACCCCACGUACAACUAUGUGGCUGAAUUGAUGAGGCUGGUGUUCGAGGAGGUGAUGGAGGACCCAGAGUCUUUCGCUGAGGACAUGAGGAAGAUCGCCAUCCCAGAGACCCUGUCAGCCCAGUAUGACAGACCCUCAAAGGAGGAAGUCAUUGCCUCACACGUGACCCGCUUCAGUCAAGGGGUGGGCGGAAGCCAACAUAUUGUCCAGCCAGAUCAGGAAACUCCUGGCGUAUCCGGCACACGACACACGACGAGAUGACAACUCGUACACGUCGUCCCAAAUAUCCCCAGCACCAGCUGACAAAGCUGCGGUAUGCUAAAUGCCGGUAGCGACUGGAAAGUGGAUAGAAAUGUAAAAAAAAUUAAAUGCUGCUCUUGCACUGUGCACAUUUUGUGCAAAAAGUUUUUAUUAAACAUUUCUAAGACACAA